AUGGACCGCUACACGUCCAGCGGUGCGCCGAGGCCGUCUAUUGCGCCUCAGAGCUCCGGUGGAAUCGUGAAGCAGCGGCAAUUGGCACAUCUACACUCACAGCUGAGCCAACUGUCGUCAAACUUGGCAGACACUGAGAACUUGCUGCGCAUGACGGCCGUCCAGGCCGAGGCUAUGAGAGGUUUGGGAAGUUGGCAUGGCGGCAUGUUCAUGGCGGCAAGUAAGGUCUUGGGAGAGGAGUCUGUCAAGGAGCAGAAGUGA